AUGUCAGACGGUUUCUCUUUAGCUGAUGCCUUGUCUGCUGGCAACAACCCAAACCCCUCUGCCCCCCAACCCCAAGGCUGGCCCUCCUGGGGAAAUCAGCCACCGCCUCCUGGGGGGUUCCCAGCCUACCCCCCCCCUCCAGGGGCUUAUCCGGGAGCACCAGGGCCAUAUCCCGGACCACAUCCUGGACCACCAGGGCCAUAUCCCGGAGGACCACCAGGACACGGACCAUAUCCUGGAGCACCAACAGGACCAGGGCCAUACACUGCCCCAGGACAACCACCCAGUGGCCCUGGAUUUGGACCCCCUCAUCCACAGGGGGGACCAGCUCCUCCAAUGAAAGUCCCCUUUGAGCUGCACCUGCAGGCAGGACUUGCCCCUCGGAUGCUCAUAACCAUCACAGGGUCCAUCAACCCCAAUCCAACCAGGUUUUCACUGGAUUUCAAGAAAGGGAAUGACAUUGCCUUCCACUUCAAUCCCCGCUUCAGUGAAAACAACAGGAAAGUCAUCGUCUGCAAUUCAAUGUUCCACAAUAACUGGGGAAAGGAGGAGAGGACAGCUCCAAGGUUUCCAUUUGAAGCUGGAAAACCCUUCAAGCUCCAGAUCCUUUGCGAGGCAGAUCACUUCAAGGUAGCAGUCAAUGAUGCUCACUUGCUGCAGUACAGCUUCCGUGAGAAGAGGCUGAACGAGAUCACCAAACUCUGCAUUGCUGGAGACAUCACUCUCACCAGCGUCAUGCCGACCAUGAUAUAA